AUGCGUGUCGGGAAGAGCGAACACUUCGACCUCGCCAUGAGGCCCAGUAACGAAGGCUCCACAUUGGCACUCAUGGCCCUGAGCCCUUUAAGUCGAGGAAAGAGAGGUGAAGGUUCAGUAGACAAGGCAGCAGGUGAGGAAGGUUCAGUAGAUGAGGCAGCAGGUGAGGAAGGUUCAGUAGAUGAGGCAGCAGGUGAGGAAGGUUCAGUAGAUGAGGCAGCAGGUGAGGAAGGUUCAGUAGAUGAGGCAGCAGGUGAGGGAGAUUCAUUACAGGAGGCAACAGGUGAAGGAGGUUUAGUAGAUGAGGCAGCAGGUGAGGGAGGUUUAGUAGAUGAGGCAGCAGGUGAAGGAGGUUUAGUAGAUGAGGCAGCAGGUGAAGGAGGUUUAGUAGAUGAGGCAGCAGGUGAAGGAGGUUUAGUAGACGAGGCAGCAGGUGAAGGAGGUUUAGUAGAUGAGGCAGCAGGUGAAGGAGGUUCAGUAGAUGAGGCAGCAGGUGAAGGAGGUUUAGUAGAUGAGGCAGCAGAUGAGGCAGCAGGUGAAGGAGGUUCAGUAGAUGAGGCAGCUGGUGAAGGAGGUUCAGUAGAUGAGGCAGCAGGUGAAGGUUUAGAUGAGGCAGCUGGUGAAGGAGGUUCAGUAGAUGAGGCAGCAGUUGAAGAAGGUUUAGUAGAUGAGGCAGCAGGUGAAGGAGGUUCAGUAGAUGAGGCAGUAGGUGAAGGAGGUUCAGUAGAUGAGGCAAAGGAGGUUCAGGAGAGUUCAGCAGGUGAAGGAGGUUCAGUAGAUGUGAAGGAGGUUUCAGUAGAUGAGCAGGUGAAGGAGGUUCAGUAG